GUUCAUGGGGUGUGAUGGAGCUUAGGUGCAUAAUGAUUGGUUCUCAAAAGAAAUGAAUUGGGGCUGAGAGAAGAUGAGUGUGUAAAAAAACAAAACAACCAGCAGAGAGAGGUCUGUUAGAAUAGUUGGCAAAUGUCAGUGAAAAAGAAAGUAUUAUGUGAAAGAACUAAGAAGCAAGCUUGGCCUUGAAGAGAAGAACCUCUCCAAUCUUCACUGAGAGUGAGCGAGACAAUUUUUUUUUUAAAAAAAAAUCAUAUCUUGGAGUAUAUUAUUUGUGAGACCAGAAAAGAAAAUAUAAAUUACAAGGAGUAAAGUGUGGAAGGAGGAAAAAGAGAUUAGGUUCCGUAAUAAUUCAGGAACAAAGAGAAGUUGGCAACAGUUGGGCAGGUAAGCAAAGGCUCUCUCUCUUUAUUACUCUCUGUGGGUUCUCUUUCUUAGGCUUGUAGGUCUCUACAUUGUCUGUGAUCUAUAAAAGUCCCAAUUUGAUGCUUGCUGUUUGUGCAAAUACCCAACUGGUGAAUUUUGGGUUUUUUUUCUUGGAGAAUUUAAGGAAAGCAUUUGAUGCUCUGGGCGGUACUAUUAAACACCCAAUUUGGGUUACUGUUAUUGAAAUCUGUUCCACUUCAGUUCUUUGCAUAAUUCUAGUUGAAUUUGAUGCUUUUUGUUCCAUUUUUGGGCAACCCAUCUGAGAAUAUCUUAAAAGGGAUCUGCAACUUUUCCUUUCUUGCUUCUUGGGGUUUGUUGGUUCUUGAUUCAAAACUUGAACAGCUGGGCAAUUCCUCAAUUGGACUCUCUAGACACCAAUUUCUAUACUACAUUCAUCAUCCAAUCUUGGGUUCAUCCCUUGUCAUUGGUUUUUAGUUGAAUUUCCAAUCAUUUUUGUGAUUGAGAGUAUAAGCAAAAGUGAAAAAGGAAAUCCGCUUUCUUUUAAUUAGAUUGGUGAGCUGUUACUUACUAGUGCCAGUGUUUGUCUAUGUCUACUUUAUGCUAUUGAAAGGUUCAUUUUAUUGUCUGUUAGAAGCAUUUUCCUUUUCUUCAUUACAUUAUAAGCAGACUUGAUCCUAGGGUUUUUGAAGAAUAUUUUAGUAGCUUCUUCUGUUUAGAUUCUGGGGCUUAUACUUUGUAUUUCUCCUUUCACUUUCUUUGUGGGAUGCUGCAUUGAGAGGUCUCUUUUACUUUUACUGCCACUGAGUUCUAUAAAGCUGCCAAGGUUUCUUGUUCCUUGUUGAGUCCUGCAAGGCAUCACCAACUAAUUUUGGUCAUACCCACUUUUCCUUUGCUUCUCUAUAUAUUUUUCAGUUAAAUAUCAACUUUUAGUCCUGCUUUUGAUUAACUGUUGAGUUGAGGUUUCCAUCUAGAUUACAUAUAGAGUUGGGUUCUGUAUAUUUUUACCAUUUGGCUUUGAAGUCUAGAACAUGAGUGGUGGGGAAAAUGAUGAUAUGAGAUUCCAAUCUAGAGGAGAGAAUGGUGUGAACUGCCCCUCUUCAGGGAUAAGCACAAACACCAUUAGCACAAUGUCCAUGUAUAAACCUUCAAAUGAAGCAGGUCCUUUCUAUUGUUCUAGUUGGGAUCCAAUUGUUCCACUGAGUCAGCCUGAGAAUUUUGGAGGUGCAUCAAUUGUGUCACAUGGUGCCUUUGCAGAUUCCACUUAUCCUCUUGUGAUGGAAAAUCAGGGAAUUAGUGGCCCUUCUCACCUUGUUCGUUAUGCAUCUGGUUCGAAUUAUAGUGAGGUGGUGCCAAAGCUUUCAUCCUUUGGUAGUGGAGGUUUUUCAGAUAUGGUUAGUUCCUUUGGAUUACCUGACUAUGGCCAGAUUACUACUAUCGGGUGUCGUCCUCCAAGUUGUGCUGCACAACACCUGGUCAGGAAUGAAGGGACUUUGACAAACGGUGAACAAUCUCAGGAGGAUCACCAAAUGUCGGAGGGAGCUAUUGAAGCUUCACCCACUGGAAGGAGGAGGAAACGAGCACCAGAGUCUACUGCUCCAUUUGAUCCAAAUAAGAAUAAUGAAGGAGAGCGACGAAAAGCUUCCUCUGGGGAGAGCUCUGAUGUUCAGAAGGAGCAGGAUGAAAAGAAACCAAAGUUUGAAAGGAACACAGGCGCAAAUUCCCAUGAUAAACAAGCUAAAGAUAAUUCUAACCGUGGAGAUGCCCCUAAAGAAGAUUACAUUCAUGUGAGAGCCAGAAGGGGUCAGGCAACUAACAGUCAUAGUCUUGCAGAAAGGGUGAGAAGAGAAAAGAUUAGCGAGCGGAUGAGAUUGCUUCAAGAACUUGUUCCAGGAUGCAAUAAGAUUACCGGGAAGGCAGUAAUGCUCGAUGAGAUUAUCAACUAUGUACAAUCCCUGCAACAGCAGGUUGAGUUUCUAUCGAUGAAACUUACCACUGUCAAUCCAGAACUGAACAUUGAUAUAGAUAGGAUUCUUUCGAAAGAUAUUCUUCAUGCACGAGGAGGUAAUACUUCUCUUCUGGGCUUUGGUCCUGGCAUGUCUACUCAUUCUUACCAACAGGGAGUUUUGCAAGGGAGCAUUCCCACAAUCCCAAGUACGAAUCCUCAGUUUACCUCAUUGCCUCCAACUGUAUUGGACAAUGAUCUCCAUAAUUUCUUCCACAUGUGAUACGACUCGAGUUCUGCUAUUGGCAAUUUGGGACCAAACGGACGGUUGAAAUCAGAGCUCUGAAGUUUUUAGGAAACAAAAACGAAUUUCUUUCUGCUAACAGCGAUUUGAAGUUGACUGCAAGUUGAACACAUUUAUUUAGAAACUGAGAGAAAAAAAAUUGGGAAAGGUCUGGUCUUCAGUUGCAUAGGGUUCUCAGAGGCUCACUGUUCUUCGUAGUUUUAGCAGAAGAAGAAAUUAUAUUUUUAAAAGAGUUACAGACCAUGUAUAUUCAGAUUUAAGACAACGAAGUGGGGACUUUGAUUGGAGACAAUGAUGUAAAAUUCUUUUUAUUCAGAAUUCAUUUGAUUGAUAUAGAUUAA